CAGCCCUGGAAAACUCACGAGGAAGGGAGAACCUUCCACUUGAGAAUUUUCCUCUCUUUGACACAUAUGGGAAGUAAAGACACUAUUUACCAUGCAUGGAAUUGAACAAUUGUUUUGGGUUCUCUUCCUAAAUCUACAACUGAGCAUCUGGAGUAUUGAUGGAGAAAGAUCAUGUACUGCAAUUUAUGUUAAGAGAGAUUCCAAGUACACAGCCUCAGUAGGUGAUACAUUUAAACUGGAAUGCCCUGUGAAAUACUGUACCCACAGACCUAACGUGACCUGGUGCAAGUUUAAAGGAAACAAGUGUUUAAGUCUUGGAGAUGAGGGACAUUUGAGUUGGGAAGAAAAGGAGAAUACUUCAGUUUUUGUUCUGCAUUUUGAUCAAGUGUUUGCAAGUGACAAUGGAUCAUACCGCUGUUCUGUGAAUUUAACAACUGAAGUCAUGGAAAGUCAUUCAGUAGUCCUUUAUGUGAGAGAGAGAAUUCAAAAUAAUUCAGAACAGCCUCUAAUUACACUGGCUGACAUUUCAGACACAAGUGCCUCAAGACCACCCAGCAAGGAAGAAAUAGUCAACAAACAGUGGAUCAUCAUUUGUUUGGCUCCAUUGGGAGGACUGCCUCUCCUCAUUGUCUGUUUAUACUUCUUCUGCUGCCUAAGAAGACACCACGGUGGCUUCCAUUUUCCCUUUGCUGGGAAACAAAAGAAACCUGGUUCAGAAGGAAGGGGAAUUAACUUGGCUGAUGUUUCACAGAACUUUAGAAGUGGACAAAUUGAAGUGGACACCAGCCAAAUUUCUCAAGCACUGUCACCAGAAAUUGGAAUUUAUGAUAAUGACUCCCAGUUCAGGGAUCAGGAAGAGUCUUGGGCUUAUUCUAAUCCCUGUCUAGAGGAAAAAAACCAUGGUAUUGUUUAUGCUUCCUUGAACCAUUCUGCCAUUGCUGUGAACUCAAGAAAGACAAUACAUGUGAAAGAAACACCUACGGAAUAUGCAGCUAUAUGUGUGAGGAGUUAAAUCUGGUCCUGAUCUCUAGCCAGAGGUCAUUAUCCAAGGACUGCUCAAUUUAUCUGCAUGUCCACUCCACUGCCUGGGCCCCAAAGAAUGUCAAAUAAUAUUCCUCGAUGUAAGAAAUGUCACUUUAUGGAGGGUCUCAUGUUGCUUGGGUCUUAAGGAUUCACAGUACAAAAUGACUAAAAUUUGUUGUAAAACUUAUUUGGAAGCAUUUUAUAUUAGAAACUUGAACAACCUUUUUUUUUUUUUUCUCAACUGAGGAAGAUUAGGAAUAGUGCUGUAGUAGAACAUUUAAACUUAGCUACAUUUAAUCCAGUAUGAAAACUUAGUAUUUUCUUUAGCACUUUCAAAAAUACAUGUAAUCAAGAUAUUUGUAUCACAUGCCUCACAGUUCACUAUACCAUCUUGAAAAGGAAAGAAUUUUUUUUUAAUUUGACUAAAUAAUAAAUACAGCAAUAAGAAAAUUUCCUCUGUUAAUCCCAUAUGGAGAUUUCUUAAGUGGGAAAGAGAAAUAAUUUUAGACUUGGUGAUAGGAUAAAGAAUAUAAGAAAUAAAUGGUACAAUGAAGAUGUGAAAUAUACCAGCUUGAUAUAGGGUGGAUCCUUCCCAUUUCUGAAAAACAAAUGCUUUUAGAUAUAUAAAUGUGUGUAUAUACUCUGUUUAUAUUGCUAGGUAAAUAUAGAUCAUAAAGGAGGAAUUAAUGUAGGAUACAUUUAUAAACAAAAUGAUGGCUUCGUACUUGGGUCAUGUAAACUAAUGUAUCUGAAUGUGACAUGAAUGAAUGAGUAUGUUGCUUAAUGAAUAUGCUUGUGAGUAUGUGAAUAAAUGUAAAAACUGGCAGAGGUUGUGGAGGGAAGGGAUUCUCCUACAUUGCUGGUGGGAAUGUAAAUUGGUCCAGGCCCUAUGGAAAACAGUCUGGAGAUUCAUCGGAACACUAGAAGUAGACCUACCCUACUACCCAGCAACCCAUUUCCUGGGAAGAUACUCAGGGAAAAUAAAAACACCUAUACAAAAAGAGCAGUGCACAUCUAUGUUCAUGGCAGCACAGUGUGUAGUAGCUCAAGCUUAGAAUUGACCCCCAUACUCAAUGAUAGAUAAGUGGCUAAGCAAGUUGUGGUACAUACACAAAAUGGAAUACUAUACAGCUGUUAAAAAUAAUAAGGAUGUCUCCUUUGCAAUAUCUUGCUCAGAACUUGAAGGUAUUAUGUUGAGUGAGACAAGCCAGAAAGAGAGAAAGGCCAGUACUGAAUCAUCUCACUUCUAGGUGGAAUUUAAUAAUAAAAGGAAGUAAGGAAAGAUAUAAGAUGAAACUUAUAUGGGGAGUAUUGCAACAAAGCAAAGGAUUCUGGGGAAGGAAGUAAAGGGUUGGAAUGAAGGGACAUUGGGGUCCUGGUGUGUCUCCUAGAUAUAAGUCAGGGAGAUUUGAGAGGCUAUGUCUCUCUGUUAAAGACUAUGUUGUAAACUGUUAACCCUCUAAUGAAAAAAUUUUAAAAAGUCAAUGAGAAUAUAUUGUUAGGCGAGUGUGGAUUGAUUGAUACCUUAAACUGCUUCAUCUGAGACUUGAUAGAAAAUUAAAGUCACAACUAAUGGAAUGAGGAAAAUUCUAGGAUUUGUUUUUCAUUUUUAUUGGUAAUUUAAUAUUUAUUUAUAAAAUUACCAGGUAAUAGGGUACAAUUCCACACCAUUCCAACCACAAGAGUUCUAUGUCCCCAUUCCCUUUACUGGAAAGUGCAGUGGUUCCCCUAAGGUCACAGACAUGGGUUGACUAUUAUUUCUAUACACACACACACACGCACACACACACACACACACACACACACACACACACACACACACACACACACACAUAUAUCCCUUUUUUUCUAAGGUCCUGCCUUCUCUUCCUUUCUAAGUCACAGUAUACUUUCUACUACUUCAAAUGUCCUUUCUUUUUAUCCUCUUCUUUUUCAAAGUUUUGUUGUAGAUGGUUUUCAGAGUCCCCUAGUCAUCUUCCCCUAACAUUUCUCCCUCUGGAAAUGCGGGUCAAAAUUCUUUUGGGGGGAGUCGGGUGGUUCUUCUUCUAGCAUUUGCCCUUCUUCCGUAGCCAGUCAACAGCAUCAGGUUGAGCCUGAUGUAAAGUUUCGAGACCUCCUUUGAAUCUGGAGAGGUGGCAGUCGUUGACUAUGUGGGUCAUAGUCUGUCUGUAGCCGCAGGGGCAAUUCGGGUCGUCUCUGGCUCCCCAGUGAUGGAACAUAGCGGCGCACUGGCCAUGGCCUGUUCGAUAGCGAUUGAGGAGGGCCCGAUCAUAACGUGCUAGGUCAAAGCCGGGUUGACGCUUGCAGGGGUCUGUGAUGAGGUGUUUGUUCUUUACCUCGGCUGACUGCCAGCUCUGUUUCCAAGAGACUGGAACAGAGAAGUUCAGUAGCACGGCAGGUUAAGCGCACGUGGCGCAAAGUGCAAGGACCAGCGUAAGGAUCCCGGUUCCAGCCCCCACCACCUCACCUGCAGGAGAGUCCUUUCACAGGAGGUGAAGCAGGUCUGCAGGUGUCUAUCUUUCUUCCCCCCUCUCUGUCUUCCCCUCCUCUCUCAAGUUCUUUCUGUCCUAUCUAACAAUGAUGACAUCAAUAACAACAACAAUGAUAACUACAACAACAAUAAAAAUACAAGGGCAAUAAAAGGGAAAAUAAAAACUAAAAAAAAAAAAAAUUAAAAAAAAAUUCUUUUUGGGAUGCAGAAAGUUUUACCUAGCAUUUGAAGGAACUAAUUUUAGGCAAGAUUUUUUUUUUCAUCCAAAUUGAAUUAUGAGCAACUUAUGUGUCUGAAAGGUAUAUUAGAACAGAUGCUGUAAUGCCUUUAAAAUCGAAACAGGAAGUAUGCUAGAGAAGAUACAUGGGUUUUUUUUGAGAAGAUAAAUUUUUCUGUCCUAACUGAUAAAUACAUAAAGAUGAAUUAUUCCUUAAUAAUUUUCCUGAGUUUAAGUGAACAAAAAUAUUCCCAUUAUGUAAAACAUUGUUAGCAUGUAUUAAGAUAUUAUUGAUAAUGAUUUCUUAUCUGUAAAUGAUUUAUAGUUGCAAUUUUAUCAUCUUGCCAAAAUGACAAGUCCUUUUUUACUCUUUGAUACAUACAUUUCUGUAUCAUUUAUAUGAUAUUUAUCACUUAUAAAACAUAAACAAAAUGUGAAAAUUUCAACAAUGGUC